AUGAUCGACCCGUUCAUCGUCGCUUUUGUCUUUGCCGGCAUCAUGGCUAUUCUCAUGGCCCUGAGCUAUGUCGGCAGCCUAAUCUACCAGCUCUCUCGCGAGAACGACCUAUUCAACCCCAAAAGCAUCGGAUGCCUUCUCUUCAUCGUGCUCAUACUCCUCUAUGUUCAUCCACUGAUCGGAAAUCACGUCCUCGGAGUCUUGGCUAGCGUGGGUGCUGUCAUGUUGGAAGUUAUCUGGGGACUCAAAGCGGCUGUCAUGAGCCUGUGUGAUGACCUGCGCCGAGUCUUUACAUCUCGCCAGCCUGCCUCGAAUGCAGGCAAGCAGCAAGUUGUCCUCCGACACGCUAUCGAGCAGCCAACUGAACAAAGAAGUCAUACACCAACGGAAGCAGAUAUCAACAGAUGCUACCGUCAACGGGAGGUGUGCGACAAUGUUGAGGAGCGCCUUACGAAGUCAUUGCAGCAAAACAACUCCUACGCAUCGGAAUGGUGCCAGCUUGAUCAGCAGAUCUUGGACCUCCAAUACAAUCUCAUUGGGGAGCAGUCUCGGGUUGAAAGGGCCGAAAACAAUCUCCGAAAAGCCCAGGCGAGAGUUCUUGCACAUGAGACAGACGGAGCUACCAUCGCAAGACUUGAAGCAGAGGUGGAGGACGAGAAAGUGAAGGCCCACGACGCCGACGUCUGUCGGAAGGCAUCCCACUCACAUGAGAAAUACCUUAGAGGGGAGAUCGAAUCCCAGAAGGCGAAGUUCCGACAAUACGCCCUGCACAAGGAAGACCAGAUUGGCGUGCUGCGUACUGAAAUCAAGGCACUCCAGCGAAAGCAAGACAAUCCCCCUCGGGUAGAGCUGUUGGCGGUAGGAACCCAGACUGAAGAGAUGGAGGCUACUCUCGAGACAACACAGCAGUCGGCUCUCAUCGUCACAGACCGAAACGAAGUACUCCUCAAUAACCUCGAGGAUCAGCUCGUCACGACCCAGGCAGAGUUAGCAGCAACUCAGGCCAAGCUUUCUCUCAACCGCACAUCAGCGACCUCGGCCGCAUUCGAGCGUUUCAUCAUAAAGACACAGAUGGACGAUCUCAAGGCUGAGAGCCAGAAUACCGAGUACGGCUUGUUGACGACCAUUGCCGAGCUUCGCGUGGAAUUGAUCAGGAACCAAGCCCAAGCAACGGCUGCCACGGAAUGGCAAGUCGCUCAGCAAGAUACUAAGACAUCAACGUUGGCAACCAUUGUCGCGCUUCAGACAGAGUUGGCCAAUGUUAAGGCUGAAGCCAAGUCGACCAUUGAGUCGCAAGGCGCCCAGAUCCAAGAAGCCGCAGGCUUCAAGGCGGAGGCUGAGAGGGUGGUCGCUGACCUUCGCGACGAAACCGAGCACAUGCGCCAGGAGAACGAUAAUCUCAAGCAUCAGGUGGAGCAAACGGCUGCCCAAAGCCCUCAGAUCGCCCUGAUGCAACAAGAGGCGGAGCAAAUGCGCCUCGAGAAGGAGUAUUUUCAACAGCAAGUGGAGCAAUUGACGAACCAGAACUCUCAGAUUGCCAUAUUACAGCAAGAGAAGGACGCCGCGACGCAGAAGGCCCGGGUCGUAGAGGAAGAAGCGAUGGUGGCUUUGCAAGCAAAGGCGGCGCAAAUGACCCAGUUGAGUUUCGAUCUGCGUAAGGCCCGCGACGAAACCACGCAGGCAGAAGAAGACGUCUACGGAUUCACACAAGAGCUUGAAGAAGAGCAAGAGAAGCUGCUGAAUGCCUUACAAGCCGAGAAGGCUGCCUUACACACCAUCGCCGACUUGAAAGUAGCCAGGGAUGAUUUCUGCGCCGAGACCGAACGUUUGAGCGUGAAAGUGCAACGUCUAGUGAACGAGAACACCAAGUUGACGACUGAGAUGAAGAAGUUUGCCAAUGAACAGCUGCUUAAGGCCAACUUGGCGAAGAAAGGCAAGACGCAGGAGUUAUCCAACAAGGACGGUAUCUUGGAACUUCUCAAGAAAACCCACGAGACUGAACUUCAGAGAAAGCAAACCAAGCUCGACGAAAGGAAGGCCACGAUUGAAAAGCUGGCAUCGCAGUACGCUGAGAGCUGUGCGGGCAAUACCAGAUUACGCGAUAAGGCGAAGAGGGGCCGCGAGGACAUCACGCUCUUGGUCUCGAGAGUCAGAGAUCUCGAGGGUCAACUCCAGGACCCCAACUCUCGCCCCAAACUCAAUGCCCUUCAGGUCGGGAGCGUGGCAACAAUCUUGCAGCAGAUUGGAGACGGCAAGCACCCUCUCUCACUCGGACCAACUCCCGCGAAGAAGCCGGAAAGCGCGCAGGGAAGCGGCGCGAAGAUGAUGCGACCGAUGAAGCCACUGCCCAACAGAAGAAAGUCUGAACAGCCCCGGAAGAGCGAGGCGGGCCCUUCGGAGGCGAUGGAGAAGUGA